AUGGUAAAACAAAGUCACAGAGAGUUAGUUGCCCGAGAUGAGUUAGUAAAGGGAGUGAGUUGUGUCUUUUUACGUAUAACAAUUAAGGCUGCUGAGACCAUGUUUGAAGAUGGUAACCUCCUCUUCUUUAUUCCUUUGUUAAUCAUCUACAUAUUCAUCAUUAUUGGGAAUCUCAUUGUGUUUUUUGCAGUCAGGAUGGAUACUCAUCUGCACAAUCCCAUGUAUAAUUUCAUCAGCAUAUUCUCAUUUUUGGAGAUCUGGUACACCACAGCCACCAUUCCCAAAAUGCUCUCCAAUCUUGUCAAUAAGAAGAGGACCAUCUCCAUAAUUGGUUGCCUCUUGCAGAUGUACUUCUUCCACUCACUGGGCAAUUCAGAAGGGAUUUUGUUGACUACCAUGGCCAUUGACAGGUAUGUUGCCAUCUGUAAUCCUCUCCGCUACUCAACCAUUAUGACGCCCCGGCUGUGCACUCAGCUCUCUAUAGGCUCCUGUAUCUUUGGUUUUCUUGUGUUGCUCCCAGAGAUUGUAUGGAUUUCCACACUGCCCUUCUGUGGGCCAAACAAAAUCCACCAGAUCUUCUGUGACUUUGAACCUGUGCUACGCUUGGCAUGUACAGACACAUCCAUGAUUUUGAUUGAGGAUGUGAUCCAUGCUAUUGCUAUCAUCUUCUCUGUCUUGAUAAUUGCCCUCUCAUAUAUCAGAAUCAUCACUGUGAUCCUAAGAAUUCCCUCUGCUGAAGGCCGUCAGAAGGCCUUUUCUACCUGUGCAUCUCAUCUUGGUGUCUUUCUGAUGUUCUAUGGCAGUGUAUGCCUCAUGUACCUGCGUUUCUGUGCCACUUUCCCACCAAUUUUGGACACAAUCAUUGCACUGAUGUUUGCAGUUCUUGCUCCCUUUUUCAAUCCUAUCAUUUACAGCUUGAGAAACAAGGAUAUGAAGAUUGCAAUUAAGAAACUUCUCUGCCUUCAGAAGGUAUUUUAUGCAUCUGCAGGUUAA